AGGUUCACAGUGCUCACCUAUCCCAUUUUCCACCACCUGCUAAUUAAUGAAAAGCCAUACAUCAUCCGUGGAUAUAUUACCUGCAUAUGUAGGCUACACUAGACCUUAGGAUUUUGUAGCUACAGAUUGCAUAGAACUGUUAGUGAGAUAAAGAGAAUCACCAUGUCGGGGAAAGUGGAUCUGAAAGUCGUCAUGCUGGGCCAGGCAGCAUGUGGUAAAACAAGCUUGGUGGAACGCUUUAUAUACAACAGAUUCAACAAUAACUACCAAGCCACAAUUGGGGCAGCAUUUGGUGCUCGUCGAAUGAACGUCCAGGGAAGAGUAAUCUGUGUUGGUCUAUGGGAUACAGCUGGCAGUGAGAGGUAUCAAGCCAUGAGUCGGAUUUAUUACAGAGAUGCGGGAGCUGCUGUAAUAUGUUAUGAUAUAACAGAAAAGGAAAGUCUGGAACGAGCCAAGUAUUGGGUAACGGAGGUGCAGAAGAACGAGGAAAGGUGCCACGUUUACCUGUGCGGCACCAAGCUUGACCUGGUUUUGGAAGAGCCCCAAGUCCGACAACUUGAUUAUCAUGAUGUUGUAGAUUAUGCUGACCAGGUUGGUGCCAAGGUGUUUGAGACCUCAAGCAAGUCAGGAGAAAAUGUUGAAAACAUGUUUGAAGCCAUUGUAGAGAACUUUGCACGAGACAAUGCUGAAGUUAUGGCCACUCUGGAGAAGUCUACCAUUAUUUUAACCGAGAGUCAACCAAAGAAGAGGUGCUGUUGAUACGUAAGGCAAUGUAGCAACUGUGAUGUGUUGGUAUACUUUAAGAUAUAGAGCAGAAAUAAUGGUUGUUUUAUUGUUUAUUUUUUAGCCAAAUAUGAUCUUGUUUUUAUUGUAUUGUUACCAUACAUAACAAUGUUUUAUGUAAGAAUGGUUGUUUAUUGUUGCAGAGCUAUGCUAUAUGCAAUGUUUUAUAUGAAUUGAUAUGUCCAAUAUUUUAAUCUGUUAAAUUUUUAUAUAUGAUGGGAUAAACCAGAAGUUGUGAAAAAGUGGAAAUAUAAUCUUGAAGACUUUAUACAUAUAUACAUGUGUUUGCUUUGUGUGUGUAUGUGAAUGUAUAUAGAUAGAUGAAGAGAUAAAUAAAAAGAUAUAUUACUCUCUCUAACACUCUCUC